AUGUCGAAAGCAGAAGCGGGGCGAAGAGCGGGUGAUGUCUGCGCAUGUGAACCGCAGAAGGUGCUGCUCAUCUACACACACAACCAUGGAAGGAGGACUGGCGGACCGCAUAAGUUUGCUUUCUCUCUCGAACUCACUCGGACGUACUGUUCAUUGCUUUUGGGGUUGAUGUCUGGUAGCCGUAGGAGGCCGCCAUUGCCGGCAGGAGAAGAAAACGGCGGCGGCCGAAGGCAAGAGCAGAUAGUUGGUGGAGAGUCUAGCAGGCGUCGGGCCGGGGAACCUUCGUCAUCGAGGCCGCGAUCUGCCGAUUUGAUCUGGCCUGAGCACUUCGUAGAGGCGGUCGCCGGCCGCAUAGCAGAGGACGCUGCUCUGGUGGGCAGAAGGCUGGACGCCGCCCCGGCGGUCGUUACAUUCUUCCAGAGCAGAGUACUAAAAAACUUCGAUGCGCUGCAGGUUUGCUCGGCUUGGCGAGCGAUCUCGUUCUCGGAAGUCCUAUGGCAGGAUCUCACACGCCGCGUGUGGUCCCCGCGCCACCGCCGCCGCCUCCCUUCCUGGCGGGAAGAGUUUAUCUCACUCCACCGAACCGCUGCCAACUUCCGCGCCGGCCGCUGCCUGCACAACCACAUUCAUCCACCCAUCUCUCCCGCCCUCUUCUGUCGCCGUCUCGCUUUCUCCGACCGCUACCUUGCCACCGGCUUCAGCGACGGUUCAGUUCGCCUUUACAAUCUCCCAGUCGCCGCUCUUCUCGCAGUGUACGACCUCCACCUCCACCGCGACCGUUUGGGCCACUUCUCCACAUCCAUCUCCGGCAUUAUUCUCCUACGCAAUCAGCUCGUGUUCGCUUCCCAGGACGGAGACAUUGGCGUUGCGGCCAUCGCAGAUGACAACAACUUCGUUAACGCCGUUGCUCGUCGUGCUCGUGCCGGCAACCCCGUAGAGAACGGAACCCUCGUGGAUUUCGUCGGGGACGGGAGAUGGUGGGUGGGGCUUUUUGCUGGGGCGCCGGGGUGGUCGUGGCGGGUGUGGGACGGGGAGACAGAGCAGCAGGUAUAUGCGGGCGGAUCGCUCACGGACAGGGACUCUGUCGCUGGCUGGCAUAUGCUGGCGGACAUCAGCGGGCCGUCGGUGGCGCGCGUUGGCGUGGCGGAGUCGGGCGUGGUGAUUGGAUGUACCAGCUCUCGGGUGCAAACCGUGAGCGUGGAAGGAGAAGUGGAAGUGAUAGCGGAGAUGGAGCUGAGGCGGGCGGCGGCGGCGGAUGCGUUGGGGGCGAGUGAUGGGAGGGUGGUGGUGGUGGACGGAGGUUUCAGAGGGUGGAGUUAG